CUUGCGAGACUUGCCAAUUUUCUUCUUUAGUGCUUAUUCCAAAAUCUACUCAUUCGAAGACUUCAUCUCUGUCCAAAUUUCAUUGGAUCUAACUGUGCAUGUAAGCUUGUGGACUGCAAAGUCACUGUUUAUCCCCAUCUAACAUCACUGACAGUGACAGGCAGAAUUAACUGCAUCACCUAUUAGUUUCAGACCGAGUUCUUCUCUGUCAAGUCAGCUCUUCCUCGUGCAGGUAAUGUGAGAUACGUAUAUCUUCUUAUGUAGAAGUGAAAUGCACUGUUGCACAAGCAGUAUGACACAAAAAAGAGGUGGGAUUUGAAAUUCAUGCAAGGAUUUAAAAGGUGCUUCGAGCACCUGUGCUCAAUUUCAAAGCACAGCCAGCAACCUCAGUAACUCUGUGAAACUCUCUCUGUGGAGAUGAUUGCAAAAAACACCAGCAUGGAGUCCACAGAAGUGUCCUCAAACUACAGCACUUGUGAUGUGUUCGUCUACCAAAAAGCGGCAGUGGUCCUCUUCCCUAUUUUCUACUCUGUGGUUUUCACCAUCAGUGUGUGCGGCAACAGCUUGGUUCUCUAUGUCAUCUGCCAGAGGAAGCAGAAGUUCAACUCUACAUCCAUCUAUUUGGUCAAUCUUGCGCUAUCUGAUGCUCUGUUCACUCUGGCGCUGCCAGGAAGAAUUACCUACUACAUCCGCCACUUUGAUUGGCCUUUCGGGGACCUUGUUUGCAGACUGACCACACUUCUCUUCUUUGCAAAUACUUAUGCAGGAAUCGGCUUCAUGACCUGCAUCAGCUUAGACCGAUAUCUAGCCAUGGUGCAUCCAAACAGGCUUCAGAGCCUGCGCAGCACAAAAGUCGUCCGCCGGGUUUGCUGUCUGGUCUGGCUUAUAGUAUUCGUGGAGACCGUUCCCCUGCUGUUCCGUAGCACACUGCACAUUCGGCAGGACAAGCGAACCUGUAUGGAGUACUUGAACUUGGAGGGCUCCCGUUUUACUCCCCAUCUCCUGAUUCUUGCCUGCACCGUCUCCUUCUGCUGCCCGCUCACCAUCAUCCUGGGCUGCUACGCCAAGAUCAACCUCCUGCUUCGAGAUGCAGCCAAGCAGAAUUCCAUCACAGGGCGGACGAAGAGAAACCACAGAGCCAAUAAAAUCAUCCUCCUCAUCCUCAUCACUUUUGUCCUCUGCUUCAGCCCGUACCAUGUCAACAUAAUACAGUUUAUGCUCAGGAAGCUCCACCACGAGCCGACCUGUGAAGAACUGAGAGCUUUCAAGAUGUCCUUACAGAUUACCGUUUCUUUAAUGAACAUCAACUGCUGCCUGGAUCCAGUCAUCUACUUCUUCGCCAUAAAAACCUACAAAAGGCGAGUGAUGAGUCUCUUCAAGGACUACGUUUGCAAUUCUGUCACCACCUCCAAAAUGAUCGCUGAGAAUAGCAACAGUAACACCUGAGAAAAACCACAACUGCUGGGGGCAAAAAAAAAAAUGUCACAGAGACCUAGUUUCACUGGUAACCUCACAGAAACAAGUUUACUCUUGCUAAACAUGAACAAUAACAGAUAGGAAAAAAUUUGAACAGAAACUCUUGACUUACAAAUGCACUAUUUGUUUUUUUUCUACAUUACAAAUCACACAAAAAAAGUGAAAGUGUUUAAAUCGUAUUCAUUUACUUUUUCAAACUUGUUGAUACUUUUUUUUAUAAGAAUUUGUCUUUUUCCUUGUACUGAAAUGUGUAGAAGAAUAAGCAUGAACGUUUAUUUCACCUGUAAACAAACUGAUAUCCAAUUUUGGAUUAAUCAGUCGAAUCUGCAGUUUGAUCAUGCAAUUUAAAAAUACAUUUGACAGUUUAGAAUUUAAUCUAAAACAAAACAAUUCAAUCUUACACUUUUUAUUUAUUAAGCUUUUAAAUCAAAGCAAAAAUAAACGCAAUUUUAAAUUGUCAUGAAUUCUUUCCACUAUAAUUUAAGAGAAAAUGAAUUCAGAAACUGUCGAUUCAAUAAGUAAUUCAGCCAUCCAUUCAGAAAACACAUUGUGAUCAUUUACACUUUUUUCAUAAUCUGUUGCAUUUGAGACUUGGGGUUUUUGUUUCAAAGUCUCACUUCGAUCAUCUUUCAAUCUACAAUAAAAUCUUUGCUAGUGGUCUUUUAAUUAUUAUUGUGAAAGCUAACAUUUUAAAAAACCUGUGUAGUUUUCUAGAACAUAGUUUCUGCAGAGCGGCAAUAGUUUAUUAGAAAUUAGUCUCUGAGUUGUGGGCGGGACUGUUGGUGUGGAAAUCUCCUUCUGCCGUUAUCCCAUCAUCCCUUUGUUUACGCUUAUAGUCCCUUACACCCUCAACCUAACGUUAUCAGUGCAACAGAUAUGUGCGAGCAAUAUUGAAGCUAUCCAGCCAUUUUGAGCCAGAUGCCAUCAGAUCUAGUUGUAUACAGGUGGAUACAUCAGAAUGGAGCGGAGCUUGGAGCUUGUAGACUGCAGAUUGUAGUUUGUUUGUCACAACUACAAUCUUUUUCUAACUGUGUUUUCCUCUGCCCCCAUUUCACAAUUAUUUGAAUAUAGAAAUACUCAGAGAUACAAUUUUAGCUGAAUUGUCUUUGUAUAUGUCCUCCACCAUGACAAAAAUACCACAGAACAUGUUAAAAGCACGAUUUUUAUUGGAGUGGGUCUCUAAAAGAAAUUGCAAAGCAGUGCUCCCCCUUUACAGGUCAUCAUUCUUUAUUGUCCUAAAAUUCAAACUGAGAAUCCGUUCUGACAGUUUCGGACUAUUUCAAAAGUGCAAUUGAUUUAGCCUUGAUUCAAAAAUUUUAUUUAAAUUUUUUUUUUUUUUCUUAUUCGAUUUUGAAAACUUAAUUGUAAAAUGGGUUUUUCAAUUGCACAAUCAAAUUUCAAAAGACGUCGUCAAAUGAAAAGUGAAAAUCAGGCGUACUUAUGGAUGCAAAACAAUUUCCAUGCUUUAGCCUAAUAGUUGUAGUGACAUUCCUGUUUUUGUGUGCCAAUAGCUUGUUUGUGUAAGCGUGAAAGAAAUGUUUGCAGUUGGAUUGAUAAUUUAUCUUUUAUUUUCUUUUAAUUUAUCAGCUAUGAUUAACAUCAUUUUGAGAAUAAAAGCACGGGUGUGCACAAACAAAUGUGCAAAUCUUGUUCCAUUAAAAUUUCACAUCCUCACCAAAAAAAGUGCAAGACUGGUUUCUGUGCCAAAAUAAGACAUAUGACUCUUCUGCCAUACCCGCAUCUGACUUGUGCGUAGGAGUGCCUCAAUGAAAGUUACCACAUCCUCAGCCACCUAUCCUGCUCCCCCUCACAGACCUCAUUCCUGCUUGGUUCCACAUCUUGCGGUGAAGCUGCGGUGAGUGUGCCUCUCACAAAAGUAGGCAGGUGCACUUUCUUUGUUUACAGCGAGUCCCACAUUUAAAUGUAACCUUUAACACUUCCUGAGCUUUAGAAAAAAGCAGCUCUAUCAUAUUGCAAAAUAUUGUGUACAGAAUGUCACAAGACAAGAAAAAACUAGUUUGUUUAAAAAAAUCUUGGUAUGUUGUUAUUUUACUUAAUAUUUUAUUUAUACAACUAGUACUUGUGUGUUUUUUUGUAUUGUUUUUUUUAUCCAAUUAUUGAACUUUUUCAUUUAAGGAACGUCAAAAGCACUGAUUUGUUAAAGCAGAAUGACAUGGUUGUACAAAAAUUAUGAAAUAAAUAGUUUUUAAAAUGUGA